AUGUUCGAGUCCUCACAGGGAUCUCAGAUCUGGGUGUUUGGUUGCGCCCUCCCCUUUCGCCUCUCAGCCCCCCGCGCAAAAUCCCGCAUUGCCCCCGUCCAGCAGCGCCUGUCGUUUCCGCCGCGCCGUUGCCUCCACGGCCUGCUGGCAUCCGCGGUGUGCGGCCACCCCAUGGCGGUCUCGAGGUUAUCGCUCCAAGCCUUGCCGAACGCCUGGUGCCUACAGCCGCCGCCACCCCGGUGUGCGGAAGGGCGUGGGGAGAAGAGUGCGGAAGGGCUCGUGGAGAGGCGUGCGGGCCUUGUGGAGGGGUUUGGGGAGGGGUAUGCUGAGGGGUAUGCUGAGGGGUAUGCUGAGCAGCGUGCUGGGGGGCGUGCUGAGGGGUGUGGUGGGGCGCGUGCUCAGAUGCAUGCAGAGGGGGGUGCAGAGGGGUAUGUUGAUCGGCAUGUGAAGCGGGAUGUGAAGGGGUAUGUGAAGGGGCAUAUGAAGGGGGAUGUGAAGGGGCAUGUGAAGCAGCAUGUGAGCAGGCAUGUGAAGGGGAAUAUGAAGCAGCGUGUGAAGGGACGUGUGAAGGGGGAUGUGAGGGGAAAUGUGAAAGGGCAUGUAAAGGAGCAUACGAAGGGGCAUGUGAAGGGGCAGGGGCAUGUCUAG